AUGGCUACUGAUUUAUUUUUGUCAGGAAUACACAACAAAGAGAAUAGCGAAGAUGAUGAAAGUAGCGCCGUGUUACGCAUAUCAGAGGCGUCUGCCAAGGAUUCUUGCUGUCUUGACUUGAAAAAUUUAAACCUUAAGAAAGUUCCCAGUGAAAUAUUGAAUUUGCCGUAUCUUCAAAAACUUUAUUUAUCAGACAAUUCUCUGGACCUUAUACCACCAGAAUUGCUUAAAUCGUUGAAUAAACUUCGUUGGUUGGAUUUACGCAAUAACAACUUAGAAAACAUACCUACUGAAAUAAAACACCUGAAAGAACUACAAACCUUACUUCUAGAUAACAACAAAAUUAAAAUUCUUCCUGUGGAGCUUGGACUUCUUAAGAAACUGGCCGUACUCCACCAUCGAAAUAACCCAAUUGAGUUUCCUCCAGAAGACGUACUAGAGAAGGGUUCGAAGCACAUUGUGAAGUAUUUGUAUGACUGCUAUUCAAGCUUGGUAAACAUAGCAACUAACAAGGGUUUAAGUUUAUUCAUGCAUAGUACAGAAGAUGAUGAGCUGAAAACUAGGAACAAUCCUUCUCACUCAGAACAGCAGCACUUAAAUGGUGGUAAGACUGUUGAUGCCGGAAUUUCAGAUUUAACUAAAUCCAUGGAUGUGAUAAAUUUAAGGGUGAAGGAUAAAAGUCACUCGAGGAAAUACGUAGCUUCAGUUAGUCCUGACAGACACCAUUUUGUCGAUGAGUCAUUGCGACAGAGACCAAAUUCUGCUCAUCUUUUUGAUGCUAAUAGAAUAGAAAAGAAGUGCUCAGUUAGUAAUCUUGCUGAAUCUCAAAGUGAUGUGAAAAACUACCGAGAAUUUGAUCAUGAAAAGCUUGUCAAAGUUUUAGGAAACAUGGUUCAUGCAGAUAAAAACCUACCCGAUAAUUAUGAAUGCCAGAAGUGUCUCAAACACUACCCAGGGAUUACACACAAAUCAAAAUUAUACAAAAAGAUUGAAAGUAACUACAUAAAGUCAAAACGUAAUGUAUCAAAAUCACACAGUGCUUCAUUGCUAAGUAAACUGCCCAGCCAAACAAAUCGACAUAUGGCUUUCUUACCGGAAGAUCCACCACAACCAACACUAGAAAAAAUACGUGUACUGUACAAACGAGAACAGAAAAGAAAAGCUCGCAAAGAGUCACUGAUUAAGCGGGAGUCAGAGAUACAACGUAUGAAAGAUGCCAGUCGUAUUUCUGAUUGGCGAGAUGAUUAUACUGAAUAUCAAAAACGAAAAUUGUUUGAAUACUUGACAAAGACAUGUGAAGAAAUAAAAGAAGAAGCUGACCAAAGAAUUUUCAGUGGACCAUUCAGUGUGCAAAAGGAUGACUUAGCGAUGAUUAGUACUGAUGAAUUGAGAGUUUUGCGUGAACGCCCUAUUAAAAGAGAGCGUCCAAAGAAUUUAGAUCCAGCAAGUGUUUUGCAGUUGGAAUUAGCAAGUUUCGAAAAAGACAAUCGAUUAACUCGACAAGUACAUGAACAUACAAAAGAUAUUCUUGAACGCUUCAAACUUCCCAUCAUUCCAACACAUGCUGCUAUUAGAUCUGAAAUGUUAGUCGCCAAGAAAAGUUUGGAUGCAGCUAUUCGCCUGCAUAGACGCGUACAACAGAGACUGGAGACAUUAGGAUACUUUCAUGGAUCGAAUAGAUGGGAUUCAUGGUGA